AGCUAGAUAUCAAACGGCUAAUUUUUUUAUAAUUAAAUGAGGAGGUGAUCAACAAAAUUGACUAAUUUACCAUGAUUCCAUCACCACAUUUGGGCUUUUGGUUAAAUUAAUCUCCAACCAGGCCCACCAACAUUCCCCAACCCAAACACUACAUUGUUGGGCAUAUUUCCUUCCUUACUGGACUAGUUUUGCCGCCCAACCCGUCGGGAAACCUUUUUGCAACUUUGCCGCGUGACCACGCCUUCCCUCCGCAGUCCUCCCAGGAGCCACAAGAACUUCUACAGAUUUCAAAAAAUUGCUUGAAAAUUCCAGCGAGCGCGAAUCUCUUCCGCAACGGAUUUCCUUCUUCUGCAAGUACGAAUCCAAUGCCGCCGAUGUAUCACAAUCCAGACAGUCUUCUUCGUCGCCAGCCGGUGACGAUCGGACAUAAAAUAUCCACUUACCGCCGCGAGUCGAAGCGAGCUGAGGACAGGCACGGCGAUCGGAAGGUCUGCGAAUGGAGGAGUUUUCCCGCUCUAAGGAAACAAAAUGACGGUGGUGGCAGUUUAAAGUUUGGAGAAACUUGGAUUGUUUAGCUGAGGAGACCAAAUCCAGAGCAAGGCUAGACCAGUAACUGCUACUGUGUUAGUUUGUUUAUCUGUGAAGAAGAACCAGUGUGAAGGAAGGACCCUUCACUGGUUUCAGGCUGGCAUGCAUUUACUUAUGAAGGCUGACACUGAAGCUGAUAGCUCUAGCUUGGAAUCAAACAGUCUCCGGGGUAAUUCUUAUUCCUCUUAUUCUCCCCACUUUCUAUGCGGGAUGUUUUGCACCUUAAUUUUGAUGUGCCGCCCAUUCUAGAACCUUAAGUACGAAAAAGCUUGUCCAUACUGACAUAUCUGCAUUUGCAUUUACACAGUGUUCCGACAUAAUAGUAUCAACCAAGAGAAACACAGAAACCCAAAUGAUAAUUGAGUAUAAAUUUGGUGAAUCUGGGUCGUGGGUUUGAAGAAUAGAUUCCGCUGGGUUAACAGAAGGGCAGAUUGCAAGACUGACAAAAUGGUAGAGGGCAACUAUGAAAAUUAACGGAGAAGUCAAUCCAUUUAUAGGAAAACUUUGUUGUGUCCCAGAACAAACUUCUCUAAGCCUUUUGAUCUUUCACUAAUGCCCACACAGAGAGUUCUCGCUUUUCGACGGUCUGAAAUUCAAUGCAUUGAGGCUGUAGAUGCAGAGAUUGGGAUUCCUGGCUUUGAUUGCUAUCUCAUCUGAUGUGGUUUUGUAUCCAGGAACAUUGCACGAUUUGGAUGAAGUCCGCAUCAAGCUUGCCUCGCAGGAAGAUGCAAUGGCCGACUCUGCACACUCGAUCCCAUCAACAGCUGUGAAGUUCGAGGUGGUGGGCGAUGGAGAUAUUGAAGUCCAGUCCCCAGACAGUUCCAUUUGGGAGAGCUUUUUCUCCGAUCAUGUCGUCGAAGGCGACUUCAUGAUCUCUUCCCCCGUCCGUACCACCAGCAACCUGUUUCCUUCGCCGUCAAGUUUCAGCUACAGCAGCUACGUGCAGGCAAUGCAACAAGGGCAGAGUACUGUGGCUGGAUGUUCUCCGCCACGGCAUCUCUCGUCCCAACUGGGAAGCUUUAGCUCGAGUUUGAAAGGGAAAGGGCAGAGCCCUCUUCACAGGAUGUUCAACUCUCCUGGUAACAACUAUAUGCAGCUGGAGAACCUCUCGUCGUUGCCCGGUGGGAUCGAGGAUUUCUUGGAGGAUAAUAAGAUGAGCUCGACCCCAUCGCAUCAGCUGUUUGAUCUUUCAAUACCUGUUUCGUCGUUGAUGGAUAGUUGUUUGACGAUGUCGAACCCUUCGAGGUUUAGUGAGAGCGGUGGAAGUGGAGGGGGUAGUCACGAUCAUAAUCAUGAUCAUGAUCAGAUGGUGGUGCAAGAGAGGGAGAUGUUUCCUAUGGGGACUCUUUCUGAUCGGUUGCAGGAAGAGAGGGAUCACGAGAAACAAGUUGUUUUGCAGACGAGGCCGGCCACAGCAGAACCUGCACAGAGGACAACUGGUAGUGGUGGUGGAGCAAUAGAACAUGGGUUGAUGGCGCCUCUGCCUAUUGGUUCCGAGCAGCAGGAGCAAUCAGACAGUGGCCUACAAUUAGUACACCUUCUGCUGGCCUGCGCAGAAGCAGUCGCCAAAGAGGACUACAUGCUAGCAAGGAAAUACCUUCACCACCUGAAUAGAGUCGUCACUCCUCUUGGCGACUCGAUGCAACGAGUCGCUGCUUGCUUCACCGAAGCAUUGAGCGCCAGGCUCGCUGCCACACUUGCAACCAAGCCAAACACUUCCACUCCAAGACCAUUCACUCCAUUCACAUCAAGCUCCAUGGAGAUCCUCAAGAUCUACCAAAUCCUCUACCAGGCCUGCCCUUACAUCAAGUUCGCCCACUUCACCGCCAACCAGGCCAUCUUCGAGGCCUUUGAGUCCGAGGAACGUGUCCACGUGAUCGACCUUGAUAUCCUACAGGGCUACCAGUGGCCUGCAUUUAUGCAAGCACUGGCAGCCCGACCAGGUGGGGCUCCUUUCCUUCGGAUCACAGGCGUGGGGUCUUCUCCUGAGUGUGUUCGUGAGACUGGACGGUGCCUAACCGAGCUGGCCCACUCCCUCCACGUGCCCUUCGAGUAUCACGCAGUCGCUGAGGAGUUGGAGGACCUCAGACCUCAUAUGUUCAACCGCAGGGUCGGUGAGGCUCUAGCCGUGAACUCGGUCAACAGGCUCCACAGGGUCCCGGGAAAGUCCAUUGGCCCGCUCCUGGCCAUGAUCAGGGACCAGGCACCCAACAUUGUAACUCUAGUCGAGCAGGAAGCCAGCCACAACGGACCUUACUUCCUGGGGAGGUUUCUUGAGGCAUUGCACUACUACUCUGCGAUCUUUGAUUCCUUGGAUGCCACGUUCCCUCCAGACUCGGCCCAGAGAGCCAAAGUGGAACAGUACAUCUUCGCCCCCGAGAUCAGGAACAUCGUGGCCUGCGAGGGAGUCGAGAGGACCGAGAGGCAUGAGAGGCUCGAGAAGUGGAGGAAGCUCAUGGAAGGGAAAGGGUUCAAAGGUGUGCCCCUGAGUUCGAAUGCUGUGACCCAGUCGAAGAUACUCUUGGGAUUGUAUUCGUGCGAUGGGUAUAGGCUGACUGAGGAUAAAGGUUGCUUGCUCCUAGGGUGGCAGGACAGAGCCAUUCUUGCUGCCUCUGCAUGGAGAUGCUGAUGCAAUGGUUGAUGAUGAUGAUGAAUGGUCAUGAUCAUGAUUGGUGAUCAAUGAAAGUGAUUUGGACAGCUAGUGAUCAAUGGUGAUGAUCGUGAUGAUGGAAAAAUUCUUGUGGGUAACCUUUUCUCCUUUUUCUUCUCCUAAUGUUUCGCACGUCUAUGUGGCGUGUCUCUGUUCGAUAUUUCUAUAGAGUUCAAUAUGGAUUUGUUUUGUAUUAUUUUGAUUAUUAUAGUUUGGUUACUUGGUUUCAUCGCUUGUCUUGAGAAUCAUCGAUGGAGAAAAGAAGGGGAAAAAAACAAUGUUGGAGUAAAAGGAAGGGCAAAGACAAAGGAAGGAACCCAUUAGAAAUUUGAUCCAAUUACCAUUUUUUGCUAUUUAAUUACUAUAGAUGAUUUUUUGUGUUAAUGUAAUUUUCAGAUAUUUUGGUGUUUUGAUUAAUUAUUAUUAUUAGGGCUAUACUAUAGUCUAUAGAUAGUUAAUUCAUCCAUGAAUAGAAUAUAAUCCUCCUGUUUCGCGAAGAUCUUUAUGUUGAUGGUUGAAAGAUUCUAUAUGUCCUUUUUUUUGCUUCAUAAUCAUUCAAUGGUGG